AUAAACAAGCACAACUUUUCUUCUUCUAACGACACAUUUUGUAAUCAAACUUACUUCAAUCAGAAAAAAAAAAAAUCCACUUCAUAUCUAAUGGCAAUUCAAAGAAGCAGAAUGGGUAUUUUGGCGAUUGUGUGCACGAUGUUCUUGGCAGGAGUUGUUGCACAAUCGAGCAAUGACUGCACGAAUGUGUUGAUCAGUAUGUCACCUUGCUUGAACUAUAUUACUGGAAAUUCCUCUACUCCAUCUUCAGGUUGUUGCACUCAACUAGGCACUGUGGUUAAGAACAAUCCAAAAUGUUUGUGCCAGGUCCUCAAUGGUGGUGGCUCUAAUUUGGGGCUAACUAUUAACCAGACUCAGGCUUUGGCUCUUCCUACUGUUUGUAAAGUUCAGACUCCACCUCUUAGCCAAUGCAAUGCUGGUUCACCAAAUAGCUCUCCUACCGGAACAGCAGAUUCUCCAACUACAGAUGCUUCAGGACGUGGAUCUAACGCAGUACCAUCAUCACAAGAUGGUUCAAAUGAUGCAGAUUCAAUUAAGAUGGCAGCUCCACUUUUCUUCUUCAUUCUCUUCAUUGCUUCAUAUGCUUUAACAUUCAACAUGGCCUGAGAUUUUUGGCCACAACUUUCAUUGAAUAUGGAAUUGCUAUGUUGAUAGAUUCAGAUUUACAGCUUCUUAUUUUAUCUGUUACUGGCUCUUUUUUGUUUUAGUUCAUAUGAUCUGCAGUCAUUUUCAUGAUGGGGAUUAUUAGUUAUUGUACUUGUCAUUCUUUAGUUACAUUAUUGUUCUUGAAUUGUGUCCACACAUAAUACAUUUUUGUAUUGGAUUCGGUACGUAUUAGUUGGA